UUUCUCUUUGUGAAAAUAAGAAAUGAUGUCACAUCAUCUCAUCAGUGGUAGGUACUUUGUGUCCAAAGAUAGCCCCUCCCCUUUUUGACAUUUGGACUACACUGUAGAUCUACUGACUAUACUGUCAAAUUAUAUAAUGAUGUAAUCUUGAUGAUGAUUGAUUGUAAUACCAUCAUGUCCGUCUCAUGGUCUGUUGAUUGUUGUAUUUCUUACAAGUUUUCUCCAGUUGAAGAGGAGUCUUCAAGCUACCAUGACUAUCAAGAGAUAAGAAUGCAGGAACAUGUACAAAAGCUUGGGAUAGGAUAUAUUCCAAGGUCUGUCUGGGUUGUGUUAGAGAGGGAUCUUGUGGAUUCUUUUAAAGCUGGAGAUGAUGUUCUUGUUACUGGUAUUGUCAGACAGCAGUGGAAAUCUCUCAACUCUGGUAGUACGUGUUUGUUGGAAGUGGUUAUACAUGCAAAUCACAUUGUACUGAAGACAUCUAGUCAGGAGAAGAAUGACAUCACUGAUGAAAUGAAGUCAUUUUUUGAUGCCUUUUGGUGUAGUUAUAAGGACAAUCCAUUGGAAGGUCGUAAUGUAAUUAUUGCUAGUUUCUGUCCUCAAGUAUUUGGACUAUAUGUAGUUAAGCUUUGUAUAUGCUUAGCUCUCGUUGGAGGGGUCCAGUAUGUUGAUGAGUCUGGCACUCUUGUUAGAGGUGACUGUCACUUACUGCUAGUGGGAGAUCCAGGUUAUGGUAUACUGUUACUGUUCUUAUGGGGUACCUAUUGUAUGCUCCUUUUCAUCAAAGAGGAAGAAUUACUCUAACAACUAGAUCAGUAGCGUUGCUAAGGAAAAUGACUGUUGCUAUGACAACUGUACAUCUAUGAAGAGAUAUUUGAGAAUAUUUUACAUUUUUAUCUUUUAUUUUGUCCUUUAUUGUAAUUCAAAAAGCAAUUGCUUUGAUAAAAUCAACAAUAAGCAAAACAA